GCGGGUUGUCAGUCUGCGCGAGUGGUUUGCUGCUGAUCGACGUUUUUAUCAAUCAUUCGUGCGGUUCAUAACUCAGUUCUUGUGCACUGCAAUAAAUACGCGUGUGACGUAGACCAGUUAUCCAGCCGAACACAGCAAAGAUGAACAGUGGAUUUUAUGCAAAUUUGCCUCCUCUCUUGAUAUGGCAGCCAACCGAUCAUGAAAACGAACGAGAGGAAGAUGCUGUGCUCGGAAUUGUGCACGUGGAUCCUUGUAUUGAGGAAAACGGAGUGGCACAUCAUACCGAGCGGUUUGAAUUGAUGAAUCGACACCGAAUUGAUGGAAGUCCUUCGCUGUUGGUCGUGAGACGUGGUCAACCUUUUAGAUUGAAACUCUACUGUAACAGACCAUACGACGAGGAUCAUGACGCUGUUUCCAUCAUGUUGUCCGUUCAACCCAUGAAUGGUGAGAAAGUAAGUCAUGGAAAUGGAACCGUUGUUUACUUACCGUUGAUGAAAGCGGAUGAUAACGUGAGUGAAGAUGAAUUCGGUUGGAAAGCAUGUUUGGAUGCAGUGGAGGACAACAUGCUUUUGGUUAGUAUUCAAACUUCAGUGAAUGCGUCCGUGUCAAGAUGGGAAAUUGCAAUAGACACAAAGUUUGCCGAUGCGGAACAAACUAAAAAUUUUACUGUUCCUGACCCGGUUUAUUUACUGUUCAAUCCAUGGUGCGAAAAGGAUGCUGUUUACAUGGAAGAUGAGCAAAUGCGGGAUGAGUACGUUCUUAGUGACACGACGCUUAUAUGGCGUGGAUGCGACCGCAGUUUUCAUCCGACUAUCUGGAAAUUGGGGCAGUUCGAACGCGAUGUAUUGGAUUGUGGACUUUUGCUGUUAUCUAGCGUGGGCCGAGUGAGUGCAACAUAUCGCGGAAAUCCAGUUCGAAUCGCUCGAGCUCUGUCCGCUGCAGUCAACAGCAAUGACGACAAUGGAGCAUUGAUGGGCAAUUGGAAUACACAUUUUCCGGAUGGUACUGCUCCUACUGCUUGGGUCGGAUCUGUGGAUAUUCUCCAACAGUACUACCAUACAAAACGGUCCGUUAGGUAUGGACAGUGUUGGGUGUUUUCUGGAGUUUUAACAACAAUUGCACGUGCUCUAGGGAUCCCAUGCCGGGUUGUGUCCAAUUUUAAUUCAGCUCACGAUUCGGAAGCAUCACUUACAAUUGAUUAUUAUUUUGGUGAAAAUAAUGUACAUUUGAGAGAGUUUAGCUCGGAUUCUACGUGGAAUUUCCACGUGUGGAACGAAUUGUGGAUGCAGAGAGCGGAUCUUGGAGCAGGGUCCGAUGAAUUGUAUGACGGGUGGCAGGCCGUUGAUGCCACUCCUCAAGAGAUGUCGGAUGGAAUGUAUAAACUGGGACCCGCACCGGUUAAAGCAGUUAGACGAGGCGAGGUUAAUGUGCUGUAUGAUUGUGAUUUUGUCUUUGCGGAGGUGAAUGCCGAUGAAAUAUAUUGGCGCUACAAGGGACCCGAUAAGGCUAUGAAGUUAGUGCGCAAAGAUCCGUUAAGGAUUGGUCAAUUCAUUAGUACGAAAGCGGUUGGAUCAUGGGAGCGGGAAGAUAUAACAAAUGUGUAUAAAUUUGAAGAGCGGUCAUGUGACGAAAGAAUUACAAUGAUGAAGGCAUUGAAACAGACAGGCAGCCAGCUCGCAAGAUUGUAUAUGAAUGAGGAGUUCCAUGAUAUUGACUUUAAAGUAGAUAUACGGAAUGAUGUUAAAAUUGGCGAACCAUUUACGAUUGUUUUGACUGUUAAAAAUAAUUCUGAGGAGCGAAUCUAUCCAGUGGAAGGAGUUGUUCAUGUAGAUACAGUUCUGUACACAGGAAGAUUAAGGAAACCUUUGAAGGCAAUUCCUUUCAACAUCGAUGUGGAACCAUCUUCUUCGAGCUCACUUGAAUUAAUUGUCGAUUUUGAUGAAUACUAUAACAAUAUCCUAGAUCAGGCAUACUUCAAGAUUGUUUGUUCUGCGAGUGUAAAGGGUACUAACUACGAGUAUUUUGCUCAAGAGGAUUAUCGCGUUAGAAAACCGGACAUCAAAAUAACACUGGACAAUGAACCGACGAACGGAGCGCCGCUUUAUAUCACGGCUACUCUUCAGAACCCUAUGCCGAUUCCACUAACGAACGGAGCCUUCCGGUUCGAAUGCUCCGGAGUUUGGCAAUCGGUGGUAAUUCCUAGCGAUUACAUUGAAGCGGGUGAAAUGUCAACCGUUAGGUUCCGCAUGAUGCCUCAAUUCGAAGGAAGGGCACAGAUUGCGGCCAAGUUCAAUGCUGCCGAAUUGAAUGAUGUCGACGGUUUCCUGGCGUUUGAAGUUAAAGAAAAUGCGGAACAGAACGCUGGUCGCUGCCUGAAGGAUGCACUUGUGUUUACGUAGGUGUAAUUAGCAUUAGUGUCCUGAGUUUCCAAAAAAUAAUUUAAUGUUAUGUAUGUUUAUUUAUGUUUAUUUAUGGAAAUAUUGCUGCUAAAAUUCAUCAUUAUUUUGUAGUUUAUCAUAAAUUGAAAAUAGUAAACUUAAGAUCGUAAAAUAACGAUCAACUGUCUGAUAUCAAUCUUUAAAGUACACUGUAAUUAUGUGAUACAGGGACAUUCACUAUCAAUAAAUCAAUAAACCGC